UUGAUCUACUGUAUACUGUGCACGCAGUCUACAUGAAAGGAUGUGUCUAGCAGAAAUGUGUUGAAGUGUUAAGAUGGAAAGGGGAAAGUGAAUACAUUCCACAGAGUGUAAUAUAGAAAUAAAACAUCAGACUCAUAUCAACUAGUGUGCAUGUAAAUUAAUGUCUGUCUGUUUUUUUCACUAUCCUGAACAAUUAAAUGUAAUGCAUGAGUUCAGAUCUAAAAUUAUCACUGAAAUGUUAGUAAUAUUACUAAAUGUUCCUUAGCUUUUAAGGCUGCAACAUAACCAAAGACUUACAAAUAGUAAUACACCACCACUGGAGCAAUCGUAUUAUCACAUUAUUCCUUAAAAUCAUUACAUGAUACUAUAAUCAACUGAUUACAAUUUUUAUUUGCAGAAAUUCACCAUUAGUUAAUAUAGCUGAACAUACACGCAGACAUGGAAGAAACUGGAGCCUGAAUAUCACAAUUAAAAUCAUAAAGUUUACAAAAAUCAACCUAGAAGUUUGCCAAUAUGGAGGACUGUACAACUCCCAAAGACCCUGAAUCAACAGAACAAGAUCCGCAGAAACAGCUACUCAAAGCACUAAUAGCUCAGAAUCUUACCAAGUUCUGUGAACUAUUAAGGAAUCCUAAAGUCAACCCCGUUCACAAAUAUGGACGACCAUACUGGUCCACAUGUCUUGAAAUUGCAUGUUGGAGUGAAGGCUGUGAAGAGUUUGUUAGGGCCUUACUUCAAGAAGGUGUCAACCCCAACAUAAAUACUACUGUUCCUGAACCAAUACAUUACGCAGCUUCCAAAGGCAAUUACAACACCUUGAAGGUUCUUCUCUGGGACAAACGAACCAAAGUGAAUGCUGUCGACAGUUCUGGGAGGACAGCUCUUCACCUUGCUGCCAACAAUUUUGGAUGUGGAGAAGAUGCAGAUAGGUAUGAACGCUGCAUUGCAUUGCUGAUCUGCUCAGACAUAGAUGUGAACCAUUCUAACAAGAAAGGCUACACUGCUCUACAUGAAGCUGUAUAUUAUGGAGGUCGGGAGGCAGUGUUAGCUAUGCUCAAACAUGGCUCACACAUAUUAGAUUUGGAUUCCUCACAUGGAGUUGGGCGAUCAGCUCGUGACAUCAUUACUGAACAUUACCCUGACUUGAAAAGUAUUCUCCCAUCGCCAAGGAUUGAACAAAUUCAUUCACACCCUCACAUGCAACUUCUAACUGCUUUUCAACAUAAGCAACUCAACCUCUUCUGUGACCUUCUACGCCAAGUAAAUGUAUAUGGUAACGCUUGUCUCAAUCCCAACUUCUGGUACAGCAAACCCUAUAAUUCUACAUGUCUUGAAAUGGCAUGUAAGGAAACUGGUUGUGAGGAGUUUGUACUAGCACUGCUUUUAGCUGGAGCAGAUGUAAAUACAGUGAACAUAAUCACACGCAAAUCACCUCUUCAUUUAACUGCUGAAGCAGGAAAUUACGAAGCAAUGAAGAUAAUACUGAAAGACAGAAGAACAAAUGUAAACAUGGUGGAUGAUUCUGGGCAAACUGCUCUACACAUUGUUGUGGAACAAUACAGAGAAAAUGAUGGUGAUGCCCGAAGACUGUUGGAAUGUAUUUCUGUUUUACUAAAACACAAAGGCACUGAUGUGAACAGAACUGACAAGAAUGGCUGUACUGCUUUUCACUUAGCAGCUCUCAGAAAUAAUACUAAGGUAGUACAGCUGAUCCUAGAACAUGAUGACCUUGAACUUGACCUGGACACUUCACAGGGACCUGGACAGAAGACAACUCGUGACAUCAUCACAGAAAAUUUUUCAGAAAUCAAGAGACUUCUUCCUCAGAAGAGUGUUGUAGGAAACCAUGAAUGUUCACUGAAGGAAACUCUGUUCCAGCAUUUAUAUAGGUGGGAAAGCCAAGAGUUUCACAUGUCGGGCAGGAGAAUGUGGGACAGACAACAUCAAAGAAGGAUGCAAUACCUGUGGUAA